AAAAUAAAAUAAAUAAUAUAUUAUAUAUUAUCAUAUAUACAUAAAAUAAAAUUUCAUAAUUUAUAAUAAAUUUUUAUAAUCAAUUAUUUUUUCAAAAUUUUUUUUUUUUUUUUUAUAAAGAAAUAAAAAUCAAAAUAAAACACAAACAUAUUAAUUUAAAUUAUUUUUAUUUUUCAAAAAUUACCUAUAGAAAAAAAAAAAAAUUAAUACUAAAUACACAGGAUAGAAGAAAACAAAAAAAAAAAGAAUAUUUAUAACACAGUUAAUACUGUCAAAUACUUGUAGUAAUUUAAUAUUAUUUUCAAAACAAAUUGUUUUUUUAAAAUUACAUAUUUUUUUAUAAAAAAUAUAAAAUUUAAAAAGAAAUUAAAAAAUGAAUAAUGUUGGAUUUACCACAGGAAGUUUAAUUAAAGGAAGAUGGACGGUGAUGAAAAAAAUUGGACAAGGUGCAUUUGGUGAAAUUUUUUCAGGUAAAAAUAUUAUCAAUGGUGAACAAAUUGCAAUCAAAGUUGAAAAAGUCGAUACUAAAAAACAGGUUUUGCGUUUAGAAGUUGCAGUUUUAAAGAAAUUACAAUUAUGUCCAUAUGUAUGUAGAUUCAUCACAUGUGGUAGACAUAAUGACUAUAACUAUAUGGUAAUGGAGUUAUUAGGGGAAAAUCUUUCAGAACUUAGACGUAAACAAAUUGAUGGUAAAUUUUCAUUAGGUACAACUUUAAAACUAGGUAUUCAAAUGAUUCAAUCAUUACAAGCAGUACAUGACCUUGGUUAUUUACACAGAGAUGUUAAACCUUCAAAUUUUGCAAUUGGAUUAAAUCCAAAUAAAAGAAAUAUAACAUAUUUAAUUGAUUUUGGUUUAGCAAGAAGAUUUGUUUUAGCAUCAGGAGAAGUAAGACCAGCCAGAGAAUCAACUGGAUUUAGAGGUACAGCACGUUAUGCAUCAAUAAAUUCACAUCUUUCAAAAGAUUUAGGUAGACGUGAUGAUUUAUGGUCAAUUUUUUAUGUUUUAAUAGAGUUUGCUGAAGGACAACUUCCAUGGAGAAAGUUAAAGGAUAAGGAUCAAAUUGGUGAUAUGAAACAAAGAUUCAACACACCAGAGUUGGUUAAAGAUUUACCACCACAGUUUGCACAAUUCAUGAAACAUUUAAAGUCAUUAAACUAUGAAGAUAGACCAAAUUAUUUAUUUUUACAAUCAUUACUCAAUGAUUGCUAUUCAUCUCUCGGUCUUAGUGAAGGUGCACUAUUCGAUUGGGAAUUACCACAACAACAACCAUCUGGAUCAGGUGUUGGCUCUUCAUCUUCAGGCCCAGUCGCCUCUGGUGCCGCUGCUCAACAACGUGGCUUGGCCCAAUCAGGUUUAAAUAAUAGUAAAGUUUUAGCCUCGCCAUCUACCAUCGACGUAGAGGCAUCUGGUAAAUCUAGCCAAAAUUCAAAACCAAUUGGCGCUGAAAAUGAUACCUCACCAAACAACCCACCACUUUUACGUAGAGAUUCUGCUAGUAUUUCACAAAUUGCCAACUCUUCCGAAAGUAAUAAUAAAGAGUCUGGUGGUGGUUCAUGGAAUCAAAAAAGCAGUUCACCACGUCAUAAACAACAACAACUUCAUAAUAAUGAUAACCAAUUAGAGGAAGCUCCAACUGGUAGUCAUAAACAUUUAAAAGCAAAUAAUAAUAAUAAUAAUAGUAACAGUGGUGUUCAAAGUGGUGUUCAACCAAUUGAUAAAAUUGAAUUAUCAACUCAACAUCAACAAAAAUCUUCAACUCCAAAAUGUUGUUCAAGUAAAUGUACACUCAUGUAAUUUUAGUUUUUUCCCCACUUUUUUUAAAAAAUAAUAAUAAUAAAUAAUAAUAAUAACAAUCAUUAAAAAAAAAAAAAAAAUGGAUACAUUAAUAUAAAUUUUAAAUGAUAAAUAAUAAUAGUUUAUAUUUCAAAAAAAAAAAAAACUUAAAAAAACUUAAAAAAAACCCCCCAAAAAAAAAAAAACCAAAAAAAAAAAAGUAUAUAAAUAUGUAAAAGAAUAGGAAAAAUAUAUAACAAUAUAUAAUUAUUUAAAAUAUCAAAUAAUAAUAUAAUAACAAUAACAAUAGUAAUUUAUUUAAAU